AUGAGUUAUUGGGACCGAAGAAAAUCUUACCUUCGAUAUUUAUCGAAGUUAAGUGCAGACUUAAAUGAAGCUCAUCGUUUUUUCACCUGCAUUCACCUUAAAUCUUCCGCUCAUGAGCGAAUUACCAAUGCUCUAAAGCAACACAUAUACCAUUGCUAUGAACUGGCUGUUAUAUCAAUUACAACUCAAGAAAACAGCAAACAUACUACAUCGCAUCGUCAGUCUAGUUUACUAGGAAAGCUCGAUUCAUCGGACGAAUACCGAAUAGUCCUCGCCACUGAAUCUCAGCAAGAUCGAACAAAACUACAGCCUGAUAAUGAUACGCACUCAGAUUUAUUUCCAACGACUUCUCCUAUCAACUUUGGCAUGGAUUCACUGUCAGCAACGAUACUCUUUCAACGCAUGGUAUCAAAAUAUAAUGUCGAUCCUCAAACUGUAAGUAUACGAACGUUCUUCACACAAGACACGAUAGGUGAUCAAAUAAAACUAAUGAAAGAAGCUGGGUCGAAAAAUACACAGUCGGUGAAGUGGCAACAACUGCAUCUGAUUAAAGGAAUCACAUCUUUCGCUCAAGAACGUAUAUUUCUCGAUGAGCAAGUUCGUUUUACUAAAGAAAUUGCCGUGUACAACGAACUAGUUGCUCUACGAAUUAUUCGUGGUUCAAUCUCGAUCACCCGUCUAACACGCGCUCUACGCUCUGUUGUGUACAAGCAUAAGAUAUUACGAACGUCGUUUGCGUUUAAUAACAAUGAUAAUACUCUAAAUCAGUUGGUCACUGACUAUCACAAUACAUUCACAUUAGCAUCUGAGAAGAUGUACAAAAAUGAUGAUGAACUCAAUGAUAUUAUUAGUCAAGUAAUUAUGGAUCCAAACUUAUUCGAUUUGUCAAUUGGUCGCGUUUUGUUCUGUCAAAUUCUCAAAUAUCAAAGCUCGAAUAAUGAUGAAAACUCUGAUACACCUCUCGCUAUAUCAGAUAUUUUUAUUGUCGCUUUUCAUCAUACAGUUUUCGAUGGCUCAACUUUUCCAAUUUUUUUAAAUUAUCUAUCUAGAGCAUACAAUGAUAAUACAGAAUCUUCAGAAAAUGAAGAUCUACUACAAUAUAUUGAUUACAGUGUCCAUGAACGACUAACUGAUAUGAGUCCAUCAUGUACAUUUUGGUCUCAUCACUUAAACGGCUACAACACUGAUUGUCGAUUAGCAUUACCCGUCGAUCGACAUAAUUCGUUUGAUAGACAACGAUCUGGAUAUGCUUACGUUACUGAAGUCUUUUUCGAAAAGGAGACUAGCACAGCAUUCAUGAAUUAUGCCAGCUCACAUCAGACCACCGUAUUUCAACUGAGUUUAGCUAUUUUUUAUGCAUUCUUAUUCAAGUUAUCACAUCAUCAAAAUGAUCUUUGCGUGUCUUGCUUCAAUGCAAACCGUUACAAACCAGAAUUACAGAAUAUGCUUGGUAUGUUUGUCGCAACGUCACCUUGCCGUGUUCAAAUGGAUUCUAGUUGGUCAUUUAAUGAAUUAGUCCAACGUGUACGAGAACAAUGCUUAUCCAUCAUGGAGCAUUCUCAUUAUCCACUACAGCAUAUUAUCGCUGAUCUGCAUCUCGAAUCAUCUAAAGUGCCUUUUCUUGAACUUUUAUUCCAUUUCAUUAAUAUAUCGUCGAAUACCAGCUACUUCAAUCUGAACGAAACAAAUCUGGAACAAAUGUCAUUGGCUCCUUCGUCAGAAGUUGCAAAAUUUGAUUUUAUGCUGAAAUUUGUCUACGAUUCAACAUCCGAUGAUCGCAAGCUAUCAUUUCGUUUAAUUUGCACGCAAGAUCUAUAUAAUGAGAAUAUUGUGAAAAUAAUGACGCGAAGGUUUAAACAAAUUUUCGAACAUCUUUUUACACCGUAUGCAUCGAAUGAACAAAUUGCUCCAUCAGAUACAUUAGUCACCGAACUGAACCUUAUCCUACCGGAAGAACAGAAUGAAAUUCAGAAUACCAUCUUUUCUCCGAAAAUAACAACACUAAACGAAGGACCACUGUCUUAUGCACAAACAAGGAUUUACCAAUGCGAACGAACCUUUUUGCAGUCCGAGAAAUCAGCAACGGCAGUUUCUAACAUGCCUUUUCUUUGUCGUCUAUCCCCAGAAUGUAUUUUAAGUGUCCGACAGCUCCAAAAAGCGCUGCAUUUGUUAGUUACCAAACACCAAUCUCUUCGAACUGCAAUCGUUCGUAACGAUGAAAACAACAUGUGUUUACAAAAAACCAAUGACAUUCAUGAUAAUGAAACGCAUCUAUUUGAGUUUAUAGAGACUGCAUACAACACAGAUGAAGACCUUAAUAACAUUAUGCGCAAUGAGAAGGCCAAUCCUCGCCUCUUCGAUCUUGCUCUAGGUCUUGUCUUCCGAUGCCACCUUGUUUUCCACAAACAGAUCUCACCCGACGGUGUUCUUUCUCACAGCGACCUCAUCAUCUUCAACUUCCACCAUGCUCUCUUCGAUUUCCCAUCCAUGGACAUCUUCCUCCAUCAUCUCAAUGAAGCAUACACAACUGGUCAACUGCCAUCUGACAACGAUGAUGCCACUCUUCGGUACAUUGACUAUGCCAUGAUCGAACAUGAGAUGGCGAUGAGUGGUGCAAGUAUGUUCUGGCUUGAUGCUCUUCAUGAUUGUGACUUAGAUCGGCCAUUGUCACUGCCAUACGAUCGACACCGGCUGACGAAUGAACACCGAACAGGUCGUGGUACGUCGGUAUGUUUUGACUUUGGCUAUGAUGUGUCGAAUGAGCUGAUCAGAUAUGCAUCAUCUCAUGAUGUGUCAAUAAGACAAGUAUCACUUGCCAUCUACUAUGUCUUUCUGUUCAAACUCACUAACGGUGAAAAAGACUUGUGUAUUGGCAUGCCGAUCGAUAACAGAUAUAAAAGCGAGCUUAGAUCAAUAAUAGGAAUGUUCGUGAAUAUCAUUCCGUUACGCUGUGAGAUUGAUCCGAGCUGGACUUUGGAGCAACUGGUGAAAGGUGUAAAUGUAACGGAAAUGAGUUGCAUCAAAUAUUCAUAUUUUCCUCUUGAACGUAUUUUUAACCAAAAAUGUAAUUCUACAAUAGCUGACAUACUGAACGUUUGUUUCGAUUUUCAAUCAAAUAAAAAUGGGAACAUCACAAAUGAAACAAUAGUCAGUGAUGCUCUGCUUCAUCCAACUUCUGAAUCAAUCAAGUCAAACAGAAAUAUACUAAAUGACAUGUCGGAUUUCUCCCUAUCAGUUGAACACCAAUUGAAUAGAGACUUGUUAUCAUGUACAAUCAAUGCAUCACUUGAUUUAUUCCAUGAAUCAACAGUAGAAACAAUCGCACAUAGAUUUCACUCGAUAUUGGAACAACUACCUACGUGUACUGUUCGUAGAAUGAAAAUGCCACUUUUUGAAAUACCUUUUCUGUUAACUGAUGAAAGAGCAGUGUUGCAAUCGAUAAACAAUACGGAAAUACAACACACAUCUAACUCAUGUAUUCAUCAUAAGUUUGUCGAUCGAGUAUUACAAUAUCCUCAAAAGUUAGCAGUGGAACUUGAUGAUCAGUCAAUCACAUACUCUGAACUACUAUAUUUUGCUCAAGUAUUAUCUAUUCAGCUUUUAAAGAAAUAUCAAGUCGGUUUAGGUGACAUUGUAUGUCAGUGCGUUGAACGUAGUUUAUCGAUGAUUAUUGGUAUUAUGGCUACUGAGCUAAUUGGUGGAGUUUAUUGUCCGCUAUCACCUCGAGACCCCAAACAGCGUUUGCAUCUCCUUGUGCAACAGACCCAAAGCCGUAUUGUCCUCGCUCAUCAUCUUACCAAGAAUAAAUUUCAUGAUCAAUCGAAUGAAAUAAGUUUAGUGAAUAUCGAUUGCCAGUUUUACAGCACUGGUGUGAAUAUGUGCAUCGAUCAUCACUUAUUUUCUCAUAUUAAUACCAAACCAAAGAAUGUUGCUUAUGUUAUUUUCACAAGUGGCUCCACAGGAGUACCUAAAGCGGUAUGUUAA